AAGUUUGAAAAUAAAUAAACAGCGAGAUAAAACUUUCAGGUACGUUUGCAAUUGUGAAAUGUCGUCAUUGUCAUAUCGUAUCUUAAAUGUUUGUUAUGUUUUUGGUUAAUUAGCACCAUAAUAAUUUGAUUAGUUUUUUGUUUUUAUGUAAAGAAUGAUUUGUUUUAAACCUGAGAAACUUUUAGACAAGAGGACGAUUUGCAUUUUUUUUGGUAAUCUCUUACUUAUAAGCUACUGGAUAUUUAGGUAUUAAAAAAGGUAUAACGUUAAUUGAAAACCAGAAGGAAUAAUGAAUGCCUGGACAUCAAAAAUAAAAGGUUACACCUUGGAGAUUCCUCUGCACAUUAAAUAUAGACCUACUACAUCAAAAUUUCAGUGUCCUAAGGGAGAUCACUUUAGAGGCAAAGGGGUCUGUCUUUUCACUCCAAUAAUAGAAGCUGUUCCAGACAGGCUUUCAGUAUGUGUAGUUUGGUGGCAUGUAAACUUGAUGAUUUGACUUCCUUUGGAACUAUUUUCAUUGUAGGACAAGAAAUAAAUACAUUUCCUGGCUAUUUUUGUAUUUUUAUAUCAUGUAGCAUACUGUAGUACUGAAUAUGUUAGGCUGAGAGUCUCUCUGUGUGAGAGGGUAUACAUCCAAAUUCUGUUUAUUAACGGCAAGUAAAUAGGACAAGCAUGCAAUUUAAAGCAUCCUUACUAAAUAAAAGUAUUAAUUUCUAUAAUCUCUUUAAAAACAUAAUAAAUCUAUACUGUUCACAAACUGUGUGUGUGUGUGUGUGUGUGUGUGUGUGUGUGUGUGUGUGUGUGUGUUUGUGUGUGUGUAUAUAUAUAUAUAUAUGCAUAUAUAUGCAACAUUUAUGUCCCCCUCACUUCUGAAAUGAUGGCUACGCCCCUGAUGACAAGACACUGUGAACAGCCAAGGAAACCAGAACCAAGCACAUAUGCAAACUCUACCACUAUGGAAGGACAAGACCUGACCAGGAACAAGAGAAACACAGAGCAUUAAUAAAUAAUAAUACGGCUAACAAAAAUCAGUUGAGAACAAUCAGGCAGGGGGGAAAGGAAACAGAAACACAAAGCUCAAAAUGGAAAUAACAAAGAAUCACAAAACAAAGGCAAAAUUUGUGACAGAAUAUUACCAUUAUGUGCUGAUACUGAGAAAAAGGCACUCUUGUGUGAUAUUGCUAAUUAAUCCUUCACCAAUUGCCUUACCUUGACCAGUUACACAACUUUUUUUUGCUUUGUUUCUUUGAAUUUGUUUUUGAGUUCUGAAUUUAAAUGAAAUAAAAACGUAAUAUUUACAAUAACUCCAAAAUGUUUUGCUAAAGAAGUCAACAGCUCUGUUUAAUGACACACAAUAUCAUUCUUUUUUUUUUUUUUUUGUGUUUCAGUAUGACAGCUGAAAUAAAACUGUUCCAAUUAUCUGAUGUUGGGGAUUUGCAGUCUGUGGAGGCAGUUGUUGGGCCUCUAAAUGAGGGAAUUGUUUCUAUCUCUAACAUCUGCAUAUCUCUCUUGGAUGCGCAAGUUGAUAACACCACUGACACAUGCUCCAAUUACAAACAAAUCAGGGGACAUAUUGAGCACGCUGAGCGAUACCUGAAAAAAUCAGAGACAACCAUUAAAGAAAAACUGGGAUAUUUUGAUAAUCGGAUGGAGCGACUUACUAAAGAAAAGGGAAAUGUUGAGCAGCAGAAGAAGGAAAAAUGUAUGGCCAAAGAUAAAUUACAUAUUGAGAAGAAAUCAGCUGAAGAAUCAUUAAAGUCUUCUGAAGCAGCAUUAAAGCAGGCCCAAAAAAACGUCAAAUUAACAAAACAUACAUUAAAAAUAGAGAAAGACAGGAAGGAGACAGGUGGAUGGGUAACAGCCGCAGGAGUGGGUGUUACCCUGAUACCAGUUGCUGGAUGGAUUGCAGGUCCAGUAAUUGUCUAUAAUGGAGUAAGUACAAUAGUGGAUGCUUCAGAGGCUAUCAGGGAUGCUGAAGAUGAGCUAAAAAAUAAUGAGUGUCAGGUGAAUGAGAACAGCAUGAAAGUGUCUAAUUACCAAUGCAGGAUCUCUAAGAUACAGAAUGAGAUUGAAGAGACUGGUAAGGUGCUGAAUAAAAUUCAGAAGGAGACUGAAGAGGUGAAGCAGCAUCUAGAGGGCACAGCUGCGUUUCAAGAAGUGGUCAGAAGAGCUGUAAAUCUACUGAGUGUUCUUCGUGGAAGAGUCACUGUACUGGAGAGACAAACUCAACGUUCCAUCUCCUGGCAGCCUGUUACAAAUGCUAUGGAAGAUGUGGUGAAGGCAGCAGGAGAUAUUGCAGAGAAUAGGCUCCUCUACAGUCAAGGUGUAUCUGGCCUCAUAAAUACUUUGAGGGAGAAUAUUGGAGGAGUGCAGGCUUUAUGCAACUCACCCAUUAAUUCUGAAUAUGAUUGGUAUUACUGAACUAACUAAAGAAACAAAUGUUUAGUUGUUCACAGUUUUAAUGUGUAUUUUAUUAAAAAAAAAAUACAAAAAAAAUUCUACAAUAAAUAAAAAGUUAAUAUGGGGAAAUGUGGUAUUAUUUGUAGUUUGGUCAUUUGUAGUUUGUCCAUUAAUUGCUGCACAUUACACAAUUAGGUGACAAAUUGUUUUUAAAUGUUCUUUUGUAUGGUUCAGCAACCAUAAUUAAGUUGAUGAUCUUUUUGUUUUUAAGAGCGUGUAAUUUUUGUCAACCUAAAUGUGCACAAGUGGCUCAUUUGAACAAGAACAUGACAAGGAGGGCUAGAAAAAGUGUAGAUUAUAAAAAAGCUGUGUGCAAGAUCAUGCAUGAGUACAAAAAAAUGAAUGGCUGAUUUAACAUCAUAUUUAACCAUUUAAUCAUCAUGCCAUUAUUAUAUUCAAAAUAAUAUUAUUAGUAUUCGUAAAAAAAAUAUAUAAAAAAAAAUCGUGAUUAUUUCAAGUAAAUGUUAUUUCCAUGACAGGCAGAAUAACUUUUUACCAAGUCAUUCACGAGGAGUAAUAAAAGUGACCAGCAGAUGGUGACAGAUAUUACCGUUUUUACACAGAACAAUUCAUUAGGUGAUGUUUUAGCAUUCAGUCUAAGUUUAACCAGUGUUACAGUGAAAUCAUUUAAAAUAGCACACUGUACUAUACAUGUAAAAUGUAUUAUAACAUCGCUGAACAAAAUCAUACUUCACAACAGGUUUAAAAAAAAGGCA